UAAGGAGUGCUGGCUUAGACACCUGUCCACCAGCCAAGGUCUAGGAUGCUGUAACCGUGUGGCGGAUCUAGCACCAUUUUGUGGCUCUUCAUUGGGCAGGGCCGAAGGCGGGGGCGUGGCUUGCAUGCAGGACCAGGCCUGAGCCACCUGGUCCCAGAGCCUCGGUGCCUGCAAAGGUCCGGCGCUAGGACCCGCGCGGUCACACCUGUUGGCCGCUGAUUAGUGGGGCGGGCGGGCCCCCAGUAGGUGUAAAUGAGCUAACUAGCCGCGGGCGGGGAGUGACUUUGUGCUUGGGCGUGUGGAGCGAACUGCUCCGGCAGGGCAGGGCAGGGCAGGGCAGGGCAGCGCCACGCAGGGCCGCCCGGUGCCCCGCAGCUCCACUCUCCUUCCAGCUCCCCGUGCCGUGGAUACUCUGCGCAGACCAUGGCGGAACUGCUGCAGAGCCUGAGUGAUUCCCAAUUGGUGGCGCGCUUCCAGCGCCGCUGCGGUCUCUACCCCGCGCCCCCGGAGACUCCCCACGAGCCCACGGAGGGCUCCGGGGCUCCGGCACCGCAGCCGGCUUCCCGGCAUACCCUGGCGGUCAACGGCAAGGGCGGCCGGAACAGCGCCUACCCGCAGCCUUAUGCCCAGAAGUACACCCAGAAGUACAUUGUGAAGAAUUAUUUCUACUACUAUCUAUUCAGGUUUUCAGCUGCUUUGGGUGAAGAAAUUUUUUACAUCACUUUCCUUCCAUUCACUCACUGGAAUAUUGACCCUUAUGUGACGAGAAGAUUGAUAAUAAUAUGGGUUGUGAUUAUGUAUAUAGGUCAAGUCUCCAAAGAUAUUCUGAAGUGGCCCCGGCCCUCUUCUCCUCCAGUCGUGAAGCUAGAAAAGAGGUUAGCUGAUGAAUUUGGAAUGCCAUCGACUCAUGCCAUGGCAGCAACCUCUAUCUCUUUCACAUUCCUCAUCUCUACAAUGGACAGAUACGAGUAUCCCUUUGCAUUGGGACUAAUGCUGGCCAUCUUGUUUUCUACUAUGGUAUCCCUUAGCCGGCUUUAUACUGGCAUGCACACAGUACUGGAUGUGAUCGGUGGCAUUCUGAUUAGUGGAUUGUUCAUCGCCGUCACUUAUCCGGCAUGGAACCUCAUCGAUCACCUGGAGUCUGCCAGUCUGCUCUUCCCUAUAUGCAUUCUUGUAGUGCCUUUCUUCUUAUGUUACAACUACCCAGUAUCAGAUAACUACACUCCUACCAGAGCAGACACGACCACGAUUCUAGCAGCUGGAGCUGGAGGAACCAUUGGAUUCUGGGUCAAUCCUUUUUUCAAGUUGGUAUCUGAGCCCACCGAGUCUGCCAUACAAAGCAUCCCACCGCUCACGACCAAAAUGCUAGUCUUGGGACUAACCAAGUUUAUGGUUGGAAUUGUGGUGGUUUUCUUGGUCCGUCAACUGAUGCAAAAUCUUUCCCUGCAAGUGCUUUACUCUUGGUUCAAGGUGGUCACCCGGAAUAAAGAAGCCAGACGAAGACUGGAAAUUGAAGUACCCUACAAAUUUGUAACAUAUUCUUCAGUUGGCAUCUGUGCUACGGUAUUUGUACCGAUGCUCCACCAGUUUUUGGGAUUACUUUGAGCAAUGUACACUUGAAAGAAAGCCCAUAAAGACAAUUUAGUCCUAGAAAGGCCACAUAAUGGAGAAGACCCAUCACGUCAUCAUCUUUGCCACUGUUGCCACCCAUUACCACCAAUGUCAAUCUGCCAGCCUCUUCCUUCCUCUAUGUCUACCAUUUCCAAGAAAACAAAACCAAAAAAAAAAAAAAAAAAAGAUAUCUGUAUGCCAUGUGCCUUUCUUUUUUGGCUAAUAAUCAAAGUAAAUGAUGAUAUAGCAUGAGAAAAAAUAAUAUCAGUCAUAAUUUCUAGUUCAUAAAUUUCAUUUUAGAUUCAUUCCAAAGUUAAACUAAAUGUAGAUUUAAUCUUACUUUAUUCUUUUUUAGAAUCCUUUGUUAUUUUUCAGAAAAAUGAACUUAUACUAUUUCUUAAGUGAGGAAAGAUUACACAAAACUUGAUUAGUUCCUAGAAAAUUUAGCUGGCAUGGGGGGAAGUCUAGGGGAUAUUCCUCUAGCCCUCAUGACUUCCAGAAAGACUGACCCAGAUUCUCCACUUCAGCUAGGGUGAAAUGGUAGCACCCCAUCCAAAGGCACUCUGUGGAUAAAGUAGCAGUGGUUGUCAUUCCAAAGAAAUUACAAUAGCCUCAUUUGACAUUUUUCAAAGCCAGUGACAAAAUCACCAUGAUUAAACCAGACUUUGAAGAAAUUAAGUCUGUAGCUUUGAAGAAAUUAAGUCUGAGUAUGCAGUCACUGGCAAGAUCCAUAUCUAGUUAGUAAAAGCACAUUUAUAUGACAGGCUGUUUUUUUGUUUUUUAUGAUUCCAUACAUCAUGAUUUUUUUUAAUUUUUAGAAAUCCAUUUUGAAAUAGAACUUGGGCAUCCAUCUUUACAUAGUUCUUUCUUUCAAUGAAUUCCAGAAAACAAUACUCCAGUUGGUUGAGGAGUGUGAUUAACUAGUUGUCUCUAAAUUAUCAAAUUAGGACUAAUAUAUUUAUGCAUGGAGCAGAAAUUUGGCUAUCAUUCAACAGAUAACAGAACCAUUAGUCCUAAUAAGGUCACUCAUUUACUAAAUGACUGAGAUUAAUAUCCUGCUUCUGUCUUCACCUUUUCUCCUUAUCUCAGGACUACUUUCAGGACAACUUGUGAAGGACUUUAGAUUAUUUUUGCAGAAAAGCAAAAUAAAAACAUAAAAAGGGUUAUUAGUAGGUGAAAAAUCACUAAACACACACACAAAAAAAAACCUUUUCCCCUGCUAGAAGUUCCUUGUCUCUUGAAAAAGAGCUAAAAUUGAUCACUUAAAAAAUGUGCAUGCACACAUGGAUGGGUUAGGGAUGAAUGGGUUUAUGAUAAAUGAAACACUAGCUAUGGAGUUGGGAUAUCUGGAUUUAAAUCCUGCCUCUGAUUCUAAUGCUACCUGUAUGACCUUAGGCACAUUGUUUAACCACCAUGAGCCUGUUUCCUUACCUCUAAAAUAAGAGUUGGACUAGACAUGCUCUGAGAUCUCUUCCAGUUUUGGAUCUAUGAUCACAUAUGUACACAUAUAUUUUAAUAUGUAUUGUAUAUGUUAUAUUUUUGGCUUUUUUUUAAAUGAGAAAAUACCUGCUUUGCAGAGGCCAUAGUGUAUCUUCCCAUGCCCCAUUCUUCUACAAGUUUUCAUUCAGUCUAGCAUGUUGUAAUGCACACUUUUAUUGCUGGAAGUUAGUUCCAUUCUCUUUUUCAAACAUUUAGACAGUCUCAACUACACAUCUAUAAUGCAUGUUAAAAUGCUUGCCUUCUUAAAGGCAGGGUUGGGAAGGAAUAUGGAAAUCAAAAUUUUGGGAGAAAAAGUGGUAAAAUUGUUUAUAUAUGAAAUUGGAAAAAAUUAAAUUAAUCCUCUCUUUGCACAGAUUCUCAGGUAUCCUAUUGAGCUGAGUGUAGAAUUGACUUUAUUCCCUACCUGGCUUAUAGAAAACCUGAAUGAAAUCUUUAUUGCUGUUAUUUUUAAGUACUUAUGUAAACACAUGCAAAUUUUUUUCUUUAAAAAUAAUACAUUUAAGGAUAUAGCCUGUGUUUAAGUUACAAUCUUAUUCAAAUUCACCAUAAAAUACUUAAAAUUAUCUGAAAACUGACAAUCAGCUUUUUCUAAUGUGAGUACUCUCAUUCUCUUGGAGGAACAUUCUUUGGAGUUUUGUGGAAUACUCUGAUUCCUUAAGAUAAAAGCAUAGGGAAAAUUCUUAGCUUUUUUUCUGGGAGUUGUUUUUUAUGUAUUUCUGGUAAUUAGAAAGGAAGGAGCAAGUAAGUUGCCACUUAACUAUUUUGAUAAUUAUAUGCUAAAAUAAAACAGCAGCAACAGAGCACAAGAAUCCUAAUUCUCAUGUACUUCUAUCCCAAGAUUUACCAUUUAAUUGUUGUGUGACUUCUGCAGCUGAAUUUCUUUUUUUUUUUUAUUUAUAAAACAUAUGUAAGGAUGAUUUUCUUUAGCUAAAAAAAUUAAAGAUAAUACUGUGCAAUAUUUAUUUUGACUUAUGAAGGUGCCCAAAGUUAAUUAAUAGAAAGUAAACAUGUAUUUUGCUACCAAAGUGUUUUUCCCCCUCACAUACAGCUUUCUAAAAUGUAUUGACAGAAGAAAGCAAUAAAUUCUACUCAUCCAAAUAAUGUGCAGGGGCAUGUGGCUGGACAUUUGGAAAACAAAGACAAAAAUCAUAUGAGAUAAUAUAUGCAAAUACUAUGCAAACCUUAAAGUGCUCUAUAAAUGUUAACAAUCAGAAAAAAAAAAAAAUCCCUGCCUUUCAGAAGUUUCUGUUCUGUUUAGGGGUUAUGAGAACACAGAAAUAAGUAAAUGCAAAGUAUAUAAACAAAAUGAUAUAUAUUCUCAUUUUCAUUAAACGUUUCGUUUUUAGUUGCUAUAAUGUGAAAAAUCUAAAGGUAACUGUUUGCUUUGUAUACACAUGUGCUUAGUAAAUGGGUCAUAUUUUAUUUGCUGCAGCAAGGGUUAUGGUAAUCCUUAUAAAAAGUGUCUUGCCCCAAAGAUCACUUUUAAUAAAUAUUUAAUAAUGGACCUGGGUUCUCAUUUAAGAGUCAAUUUUCAUCCCUCUAUUAUUUAAUCUCUUCUCCCAGUUGCCUAAAAUUGGAGACUGCAGGGGUUACAAAGGAUCCCUCAGGUCAUCUGAUCCAAUCUGCUUUGGGGAUGCUAGAGCCUUUUAAGCCCUCCAAUUAAUCUCUUCUGAGAGAGGUUUUACCUCUUUAAAACAACAAAACCCUCUCUACUGGGGGUGGGGAGAAUCUAAGGUCUCCUUCUCUUCAAGGCUGCCAUUUUCUUUCUGAUGGCAGCACGUCCCCUGCUGGUGAGUCUUACUUGGCUUUAAGUCCAGCCUUGGCCAAGGUUUUAAAAUUUUAACCACUUUUUGCAGGACCUGAAUACCAAGUUCCCUGCAAAUCUGUCUCCUUGCACAGUUUCCCAGCUAUCUCUUUCCUCUUCCUUCCCUGAGUUAGGGCUCCUUCCAAUCCAUCUCCAGGUUCUGGGGACCUCCUAGCAUCCAACAUGUCAUUUCUUGUUACGUUUAUUCAACAUCUUGAACCAAGACAGAGUCCUGGAAAGGGAAUAAACAGAGCCGGCAAAUGACUUUCAAAGGCUUUUGCUCAAGUAGGCCCUGAAGAAGCCGCUCCCCAUUGCGUUCCAAACCAACUUCCAAGCUCUCAACUUAGGGCUGAGGCUGGGAAUUUCACUUGAAGAUGACAGUCUGCCUCCAUAAACAUAACCAGAACAGGCUUAUUUAGUGAAUGCUUUGCCUCUGUCUUUGUAAGACGUUCAUCUGGUUGUUUAUAUACUGCAUGUAAAUUGUAUUUUUUUUCCAAGAAAAAAAAGAAUCUUGCUUGUUUGACCCAUGACUGCAUAUUAAAUGUUUUUGAAAGCCUG